GGGCUGACUUGACGCUAGUGGCAGGAAUGGCGGCUAUGAUUACUAGAGGAAGGAACCCAAAGACCCUGAAACUUUACUUCUAACGGCCCCGCAGAGGAAUUUGUUUCCAGCUAAACGUAGAAGCUCCAUCCUACGCCAGAUUAUAGGGAGAAGAAGUGCUUCACAUUGAGAUUAACGCGAUAGAUGUCCGGGUUGAGGAGGUGGACGCACUUUGCGACUUGCUAGUUAGCCUAACGUUAGUGCCGCUGACUUUGAUUGAAGGUAGCUGUUAGCUCGCAGCACUACUAGCCAGCUGUUGGCUACUUGGCUUGGCUGGCCCAACAAGUUAACUUAGUGGUUAACUGUGUGAAAGCAUUCCUUAUUUGUAUCUUCGGGCUAGGAUGUGUGCUCUGGGUCAGUAGACAGUAUUCUGAACCUUUACAGAGACUGGGAGCACACGACAACAAGUCGACACGGCGCCUAUUGAACAUUAUUACUGCUAACCCUUAACGUUAGCUCGGCACUAGCUAAGUUGGGAUUCUGAAGUCUCGCCCAUUUUUGGAUCCUGCCCCAGCCAUUGGCUAAGGGCUAAUCAACAGCCAACUAGUCUGCUUUUCAGGGUCAAUUGGUACUACGAUGGAAAGUCUAACGCUGAGUGAUGUCGAGCAGAAAUAUUACUCGGAUUUGUUCGUUUACUGCGACACGGACAACACCAAGAAAGUGGCUUCCAAUGGAAGAGUUCUUGACCUUUUCCGGGCGGCCCAGCUACCCAGCGAAGUUGUCCUGCAGAUCACAGAGCUAUGUGGAGCCACUCGGCUGGGUCACUUCGGACGGAGCCAGUUCUACAUUGCUUUGAAGCUCAUUGCCAUCGCCCAGUCAGGGCUGCCCCUGAGGGUGGAAAGCCUCAACUCGGUCAAGGACCUGCCGCUGCCCAGGUUUGUGGUGGGGAAGAACGAGGCAGAGGCGAGACAUGCUGCACUGUACCAGGAUACAGACAGCCAGGGCUUGUACCCAGCCCCAGGUGCUGCAGUAAUACCCAGACCCCCGGGCAGGGGCCACCAGAACAAGAAAGGUCCCCCCUCAUCCACUUCACUUCCGGUCCACGAGGUCAUCCAGCCACUAGCACCUAGCAUAGAACCACAGCCCGAACCAACAUCCCCGGUGGUCUCGCCUCAUCAGUCUCCCCCCACGUCCCCUCACUCCUGGAGGAAACACAAGAGGCAACACAGUGGAGGAAAUGCAGACAGACAACCAGUCGUGGCUGCAACUGGAGCUGUGUGGACGCAGUUCAGAGAACCACAAACGGGUCCAGUGACUGGUGAUGGCAUGUGGUCAUCCCACUCACCUCCACCUCCAGGUCAGGAAAGUUGGGUCAGUUUUACAGCAGACACACCACCAUCCAGCACUCUCCCAGCAAUGCAUCCCUCGUCAGUCCAGGAAAGCACAACGAUACGAACAGUGGCCUCAGCUGCAACGACCAAUGAGAUCCAGCGACAGUCCAGUACCUACGAUGAUCCAUGGAAGAUCACAGAUGAGCAGCGACAGUAUUACAUUAACCAGUUUAAAACUAUUCAGCCUGACCUCACUGGUUUCAUACCAGGUUCAGCAGCAAAAGAAUUCUUCACCAAAUCAAAACUACCAAUUUUAGAGUUGUCACAUAUUUGGGAGCUGUCAGACUUUGAUAAAGACGGAGCAUUGACCUUGGAUGAGUUCUGUGCCGCCUUUCACCUGGUUGUAGCCAGGAAGAAUGGCUAUGACCUCCCAGAGAAGCUGCCUGAGAGCCUCAUGCCAAAGCUGAUUGACCUGGAUGAUUCAGCAGAAGUCCCGGAGCCGACUGCUGAUGUUGGAUACUCAGCAUCGCCAGUGGAGGUGACCCCCAACAAGUCUCCCUCCAUGCCUUCACUCAACCAGGCCUGGCCAGAGAUGAACCAGAGCAAUGAGCAGUGGGAGACGUUUAGCGAGCGCUCCUCCAGCUCACAAACUCUGACCCAAUUUGACUCUAACAUUGCACCAGCUGACCCUGACACAGCCAUCGUCCACCCUGUUCCCAUCCGGAUGACGCCCAGCAAGAUUCACAUGCAGGAGAUGGAGCUGAAGAGGACUGGCAGCGACCACAACCACCCUACCAGUCCUCUGCUGACUAAACCUCCAGAACUGUCUGAAGAAGCCAAAUUACCUGCCUCUAUGAAGUUUGUAGCCGCCAACACUGUAGGUGACGGUUACAGCAGUUCAGACUCCUUCACCUCUGACCAGGAGCCUAUCACCAGGCAAAGGUCUCAGUCGGGUACGUCUCCAGAGGCUCUCAAGGUGGUAGCCCCGCCUCCCCCUCCACCCCGCCCCCACCCCUCCCACUCUCGUUCCUCGUCUCUGGACAUGAACCGCACCUUCGCUGCCACAUCUGCUACAGGACAACCUCAGCCCUCUACGAUAGCUUACCCUCCUGCUGUGCCUCCUCGACCGCUACCCACACAGACGUCAGUACCACUUACUGGACAUCGUGUAGAGGCUGAAGGUGUGCCAGGAGGUGGGGCGGUGCUCACCACCACCUCCCCACAGCAGAUUCCUCAGCAGCCAAACUUUGCAGACUUCAGUCAGUUUCAGGCCUUUGCUGCUUCUGAACAGCCCUCCAGCCUGCCAGAGGUCGAUAAACACAGCGAGGCAGGACAGGUGGACAAGACAUCGGAGGGUGCUGGCCCUUUAAGAACAGUGAAAAGCGAUGGCCAAGCAGAUGAGAGAGCCUCAGCUACAGUCAACUCUACGAAGGGCUCUUCUGGCCCACUAGCUCCUCCACCAAAACCUGUACGUCGGAGGUUGAAGUCUGAAGAUGAGCUACGACCAGAGGACGAGCAGCACGGUCCGCAGAAAUCAAAUGUCAUAGCUGCUGUCCUGGCCACUCAGCCCUCCAUCCCCAGGUCAGUUGGAAAAGACAAAAAGGCAAUUCAAGCUUCAAUCAGAAGGAACAAGGAGACAAACACAGUUUUGGCACGACUGAACAGUGAACUGCAGCAGCAGCUGAAGGACCUGCUUGAAGAGAGGAUAUCUCUGGAAGUCCAGCUGGAGCAGCUCAGACCUUUCUCUCAUCUUUAACCAACCUAUGGAGGAAAACUCUGCUCUAGUUCAUCCGAAGCAAGGCUGUGGCCCUCGAUGUGACUCCCCCCUCCAUCCCUCCCCUCUUUUCUCCUUCCAUCACCUCAACUUGCCCCGGAGGCACUGACCUGCCGCAGGGUGUCCCGUUAAAACUCUCAUGCUCAAUCACACACUGAAUCAUAAACCGGAUGGACAUGAGAGCAGAGUCUCACAGUGGGAGGAGGCGACAAGAGGGGAUUUUACAAACUGGCACUUUUCAAUUUUUUCUAAAGAGAGGUGAAGGUGAGGAUGACAGCAAACUGAGAGACGGUUAGGAGUGUUGGACAUGACGCUUCAACUUUGAGUCUGGUCUGAAGACAAACUGCUGGGGUCUGAUUACUUUAUUCUCUGAAUGACUGAAGAAGAAAGAGUGUAUUGCAGAGUGUAUUUCUUGUUUGUGUGUGAUUGUUCGUGCAUUUGUGUUCCUGUUUAGUGACUUACUUGGAGGCUAGUGUCAGUAUGCUUGACACUGCUGCACCAAACUCCCUUUAAAUAUCAGGUAAAUUUAAAGAACUGUUAAACAAUUUGGGACAUACCUAGCCUAGUUAAGCCUAAAGACUGGAAGCAGGGGAAAACAGCUAGACCGGCUCUCUCCAACAUAAAUAUUACACCUACGAAUACCUCUGAAUGUUACCAAUUAACAUGUCUGGUCUCACUCAUUUAAAGUGCACACACACGUAAAAGUAGGCUAAAACUUCCUGUGAAAAAAUGUGAAUCCAGUUAUUUCCCAAAAUGUUCAAAACCGUACCUUAAAUCUCACUACUAUAGUAUACUAUAGUAGUAUAGUAUAGUCUGCUUUUAUACUAUACUAUUGAAAACUGGACAAUAGUCAGCUGCUUGGAGGUCGUAUUUUUUUUUCGAAUAUCGUCAGAAAUAGUCUGUUCUGCUGAACAUUUGCUACCUGGUUGUCCUUGGUUGUCCACUAUUUUUCAAAACUGUUUGAAAGAGGCUUUGAAAACAGAGGGAAGCCCACAGUCUAUAGAGGCCAGUGAGCAAUGUAUAAUAAAUUGCCAUUUUUUUGAAUGGAGUUUGGUGUGUUCACCUCCUUUGUAAAACAUACUGGGUGACUUGUGGUCAGGACUGAGUGUAUGUUUGUGUGAGGCCUUUAAUGGCUAAAUCAUCAUGGUGAAGGCUUUUUGACUCAUCCUGUGACAUGAAUUCAGCCCACCUUCCUCUUAUUACUGCCCCUUCAAGACUACAUAUAUAAAUGUGUGUGUAUGUGUGUGUGUGGUAGAUGCAGUGAAUGGAAGUGCUGUGUCUUCUGUUUUCUUUUCUCAAUGUUACACAGUGUUUGAGGAUUGUGACUGAAUGGUUUAACUUUAUGCCAAAUGACUGAACUAUCACUCACCUCUACUUGGGCUGUGUUUGAGGAAAAAUGCAACCUCUUCUCCUUUCCUACUAGGUUUUCUUGAUUUUUGUUUGAAACAUUGCUGUGGCUCCACAUUUCAGCUUACUUUUUAAUCUCUUACUCUUGAACGCUGCGGUUAUUUUCGAUCUUAACUUCACCUGUUUGGGAUAGCAUUUGGUCUAAACAGGCGUUCAUUUGAAAGGCUUAAAGAUAUUCCAGCUGCUUGACUGCAGGAGGCAGCGUUUAUGAAGAAUCACGUUGCUGAUCAGGGAGAAGUUUUCCUGUGAUUUCUCUUCAGAUCCAAACUGAUGGUGCAGGUAGAGUUGACUUAAAAAUUGAGCUGUUUUCCAAUCGGGCAGUCAGCACUAUGCAAGUAUGGGCGAUACAUCCUCAUAGACCAACUAUACUUAGCUGUUUGUACUAUGAUAGUAGCAACUGUGUGAACAGUAUACUGUUUUUUGUAUCGUAGAUCUUCCAGAACGCCAUCUACUGUAUGUUUGUGACUCAUUUUGCCUUUUUUGGUACUGACAAGCGGUCCGCUUCCCCCUGCUUCCGCUCCAGAGGGAAGUAAACUCCAGAUCAGUGUUUUUAUCAGGGCAGUUUCACCUGAAGUCUGCAAGAUAAUAUCCUUGCUGGGUGUAGAUGAAGCUUAGCAGGAGACCAGUCAACAGAAUGGGAGACCUGAAUGACCCAACUGCACUUUGAACUGAACUCCCUCCCCCCACACCCACCUCCCUCAUUAUUACUUUUAUUUGUUAUGUUCCUAUUUGCUUACUUUUAACCUACAUGUUUGUUCUCAUCUCUUGCAUAUAUUUAAAAAAAAAAAAAACAAA